AUGUCCCCUUCCAUCAUCAAGACCGCCCUUCUCGUGGCCUCUGCCACCGCCCCCGUUCUAGCCGCCUCUGGCAGUGGCAAGACGACCCGUUACUGGGACUGCUGCAAGCCUUCCUGCGCAUGGCCUGGAAAGGCGGCAGUCAGCUCUCCAGUCGCCAUGUGCGACGCCCAGUGGAACCCUCUCAACAACCCUUCUGCUAGAAGCGGCUGCGAUGGCGGCAACGCCUUCACUUGUGCCACUUACUCGCCUUGGGCUGUUGAUGACAACCUCGCCUAUGGCUUCGCGGCAACUGCAAUCUCGGGCGGAUCUGAGUCAUCCUGGUGCUGCGCCUGUUACCGUCUCACCUUCACCUCUGGGCCAGUUGCUGGCAAGAGCAUGGUUGUGCAGUCGACGAACACGGGCGGUGACCUCGGCAACAACCACUUUGAUAUCCUCAUGCCCGGUGGCGGUGUCGGCCUCUUUGACGGCUGCACUCCGCAAUUUGGCGGUCUCCCUGGCGCCCAGUACGGCGGGAUCAGCUCUCGCGAUGAGUGCAAUAGCUUCCCUGAACCGCUGAAAGAGGGCUGCUUCUGGCGCUUUGACUGGUUCCAGAACGCUGACAACCCAGAUAUUCAGUUCGAGCAAGUACAGUGCCCUGCUGAGCUCCUCAACGUAUCUGGAUGUAAGCGCAAUGACGAUGGUAACUUCCCCGCUGCUUAA